AUGGGAGAUGCAAGUGCAAGAGGCAUUAGUCCUAUGAGAAUGUCGGGGAACGUUGCAGAAAACUGGCAGAUGCGGCGCAGCAGAUUCGAGAACUACCUGAAAGCUUCGGAGGUGUCGAAGAAGCCACAGGAAACGCAAUGUGCCCAGCUUCUACACUACAUAGGGAAGGAAGGUUUUAAAAUAUAUAAAACCGUUACUCUAUCAGAGAAUGAAAGAGACAGACUACCCAUAUUACUCGACAAAUUCGAAGCACACUUUCUACCUAAGGAAAAUCUGUCGUAUGAAAGAUACGUAUUCUUUACGAUGAGACAGAAAGGCGGACAGUCACUGGGACAGUUCGUGGUAGAGCUCACAGAACAAGCCCAGAAAUGCAAACUAGGGGAUGUACAGAACAGCUUAAUUAAAUGCAUGAUCACCUGCGGAGUCAACAGCAACGAGAUGAGGGAGAAGCUACUACAGGAUGACUCACUGAUGUUGGAACAGGCCAUUCACCAAUGCAAAGUGAUGGAGAAGGCGAAAAUUCAGAGCAAGAAGAUGGAAGCCACCGGGGAAGCAACGGGAACAGUAGACUUAAUUAAAUCACAGAAAAAGUUAGGUCAGAUACAGGCAGGGGGAGGUAAAAGUGUCUACAAAGCCAAAGAGAAAGAUAAGGAUGAGAAGAAAGUAGACACUCUUACAUCCCAGGAUAAUGAAGAAUAUCUGUUCAUAGGAGCGAUUGAAAAUAAUAGCGAGAAACAUGUCUGGUUAACAGAACUAGAAAUAAACGAGAAAAGAAUUAAAUUCAAAGUAGAUACAGGGGCAAUGUGUAAUGUAAUGUCAGUAGAACACUUAAAGUCGUUAAGGUUAGGUAACAUUAGAGUUAAACCAACUGAUACAAUGCUCAAGUCAUACACGGCGAUCUUAGGAUUAUCGUCAUGUUUAGAAUUAAAUAUCAUAAAGAAGUUGGAAAGUAUAAAUGAUAGCAACACUUAUGAGGAUUUGGUGAAGGAGUAUAAAGAGAUUUUCUCGGGAAUUGGCUGCUUCUCAAAGCCAUAUCAUAUAAAGUUAAAAGAAAACGCGCAGCCAGUAAUUCAUCCGACAUGCAGAGUAGCUCUAUCUCUAUUACCUAAAUUAAAAGAAUGUUUAGAUGAACUAGUAAAGCUGAAAAUAAUUGAAAAGGUGGAAGAGGCUACGGAUUGGGUGAAUCCUCUGGUCAUUACACGCAAGCCUAAUGGCAGUCUGAGAAUCUGUCUGGAUCCAAAGGACUUAAAUAACAAUAUAAAACGCGAACAAUUAAUUAAAACGUUAGAUGAAAUUACAGCUAAAUUAAACGGAGCUAAGGUUUUCAGCACAUCUCUGAGAAUGCCAUAUGGUUUGAUAUCAGCUCCGGAAGUAUUUCAGGAGAAAUUUAGGCAAACUUUUGAGAAUUGUGAAGGUUGUGAACAAUACAUAGAUGAUGUUAUUGUCUGGGGGAAAAACAAAGCGGAACACGAUGAAAGACUAAGGAAAGUUUUAGAAACUGCCAAAAGGAACAAAGUCAAAUUUAACUUAAGUAAAUGUCAGUUUGGUAAAAGUAAUGUCAAGUACAUGGGGCAUAUUAUUAGUGCUGAGGGUGUCGCGUUAGAUGAAAGCAAAGUAACAGCUAUUAAAGAACUGCAAACUCCUAAGUGUAAAAAAGAUGUACAACGUGUGUUGGAAAUGUUAACUUAUGUUAUGAACUCUGAAAGUGAAGCUACUUUGAUGGAAUACCUAGUACGUUGCAACAACAUGUACUUUGGGCUAUCUGCGAAAGAAACCCUCGUGGUUUAG